ACGGGAAAAAUCUUGGAAGUUGUCUGUUGUCUAUCUUCCCCAGAUUUGUUUUUGUUUUGAAAGCAAAACCACAACUUCUUUGCGUCUCUGCUUACAUUCCUCCCGAUAUUUCUGCUCUUAAAUCAAGGACAAGAAAGCUUCCUGCUCACUCUAUAAAACCCUUCUCUUCUUGAACAUUUCCAGGUGUUUUUUCUUGAUUUUUUUGUGAGGCUGAGAUGAGUGAACACAUGGUGGUAUAUGUCGACCGACUGAUGCAGCCGGUUCCGUCAACUCCCGUUGAGUCUGAAACACCUGAGCCGUCUUGCAUCAUGGAGGAUAAUGCAGUUGAUAUCUACGAGGGAGAGAAAGAGGAGGAUCCACUGGUUUGGUGGGGGGAGUGUCGUAUUUGUCAGGAGGAAUCUGCUAUUAAGAAUCUCGAGAGCCCAUGUUCUUGCAAUGGAAGCCUAAAGUACGCUCACAGAAAAUGUGUUCAACGUUGGUGCAAUGAAAAGGGAAACACUAUAUGCGAGAUCUGUCAUCAGCCAUACCAAGCUGGCUAUACCUCUCCACCACCUCCACCCCAGUCUGAUGAAACUACUAUUGACAUUGGAGGGGGAUGGACAAUCUCAGGUCUGGAUUUAGACCAUCCAAACCUACUUGCAAUCGCAGAAGCUGAACGUCAGAUUCUAGAGUUGGAGUAUGAUGAUUAUACAGAACCAGAUACUACUCUAGCUGCAUUUUUCCGCAUAUCUGCUCUUAUUAUGAUGACUCUUCUAUUGCGAUAUGCACUGACUAUACCAGAUUAUGCAGAUGGCGAAGAGGAGGACCCUUCUUCAAUACUUUCUCUUUUCUUACUCCGAGCUGCUACUUUUCUUCUUCCUUGCUACAUCAUGGCAUCAGCUAUUAAUAUCUUGCAUCAGCGAAGACAAAGACAGGAAGCAGAAGCUUUAGCCACCCGGUUUGCGUUGGUACUCAGUUCACGUCAACCUAGAGACAUGGUUAAUUAUUUGUCUAUGGAGCCUUGAUUUACACCACAAUUUAGUGGAAUAACACUUUUCUAAUGAAAUUACCGAGUCAUGUGUGGUGUAAUGCAUCAUAUAUAGAAUCUACAAGAAGGUCCUUCUGAGUCGGCUUUCUCACAAGUUAAAGCGUGACGAAGGAGUGUCCUAACUUAGUGCAUGGUUCUUUUUUAAAACUUAGCGAAUCUAAGAUAAGAUUCGUGCCAUCCAAUGUAUGUAGUAGAAUUUAGAGUUUCUGAUUUUGUGCAUUGUAUAAUCUG